GCGGCGGCACCAAAGUUUGUGCGUAAAGGAGGCGGCGCGGCGCGGGGCGCCAUGACUCACUCACUGUCACCUCCUCUGAGAAAUACUGAUGUCCCGAGGACCCUUCCGCUCAAAUGUGCGUGUGGAAACACAGAACUGCACUUGACUCGCUGAACUUGAGCUCUGCCGUUUCCACAGCGAUGACUGGAGAGACUGAAGCGAUGAACCGGAGACGCGCCGCGCGCCCAUCUACCCAGACACCUUCGGACCGAGUUCUCGAGUUCACUGACACGCUGCUGAGGGUUCAUCAGUCUUCAAACCAAACCAGCAUGGCUGCUUUAUGACCAGAUCUCUCCUGAUUGAAGCCGUUUGCCUAAAAAUUGUGUGACGCACUGAGAACUGCUCUUCAGCCAAAAAUAUCUCCUCAGCAUAUGCCAAAGUGCUUUUAGCUUUGUCCUUGUUAUCCGCUUUGCAACCUCAGUGACAUCAGCCAACGCCAUGCAGACUUUCAAUGCGAAUCCGAUUCUGGAGUGACCAUCAGCACCAUGUGGACUGCUUCCAACCGCUGCAGAUGCGCGCAAAAAGACGGGAAGCUCUUGUUUUACAAAGCGCACGAAGACAUUAACAGUGCUUUAUGAAUGUGCAAAGAGAGAUGGAGAACGCUUUGACACCUUCGCACGCCGAUGCAUUGAUGCAUAUCUAAAACGGAUCGCUCAUGCAUCAAACCUAAUGCCUGGAAACUACAGACAAACCUCUUUUGUACCUUAAUAGAUCACACAGAUUGCAACAAUGGCGUUUGUGUCAUUCUCAUUGUUCUGUAUGAUGUUGCAGCUGCACAUGGUUAUGAACAUGUCAAAACAACCCUUGAAUUUAUGACUUUAUGACAAAAGAAUCUGACGUUCUCUGCAGCAUAAUAUGUUUAGUUCCUCUUGUUUAUUCCUUCACCCACAGCUAUUUUCCAUGAACAUACAUCAUUAAAAGCUCAUCUAGGAGAAAUGAGAAAUGAGACACAACAGGUUAAAUUUCAUCAUGUUCCCUCAUCGCAGUGCUGGAAAUGCACCAAUGUUCUUGUUCCACAGCCAAUGUAGUAGUGCCGUUUUCAACGUUUUCUUUGAGAGAAUCUAUUAUUAAGGUGCAAAUCGAUCUGAUGCCCCAAAAUCAGACCUUUAUUAAAUGCCUGGACAUCUUGAACGGAUGAUUUCCCUCAAAGACAACAUGACCCCAGAGUCGUUCCCCGAGAACUGUAGCAACUGCAGCCAGGUUCUCGUCCCAGAGCUGAACGUCAUGAAGGCCGUCGUUCUGGGAAUGGUUUUGGCGAUCUUCAUCAUUUUUGGCGUUCUGGGCAACAUCCUGGUCAUCCUCUCGGUGGCUUGCCAUCGUAAUCUACGCACAGUUACGCAUUACUUCAUUGUGAACUUGGCAGUUGCGGACCUUUUGCUGAGCUCUACGGUUCUUCCGUUUUCUACCGUCUUUGAAAUGUUGGGUCAUUGGAUUUUCGGACGUCCGUUUUGUGACGUUUGGGCUGCAAUGGACGUCUUGUGCUGCACGGCGUCAAUCAUGAGCUUAUGUGUUAUUUCGGUGGACCGAUAUAUCGGUGUUAGUUAUCCUCUGCAAUACCCUUCCAUCGUAACAGAGCGACGGGCAUUGCUUGCACUCGUUGCUUUGUGGGCUCUGUCCGUUACCAUCUCAAUCGGACCUCUUUUUGGAUGGAAGGAACCGGCACCGGAGGACGAAUCCAUAUGCAAGAUAACCGAAGAACCCGGUUAUGCCAUUUUCUCUGCGUUAGGGUCCUUCUACCUCCCUCUAGUGGUGAUUCUAUCCAUGUAUUGCCGCGUGUACGUGGUUGCGAGGAGGGAGACCCGAGGACUGAUUAGCGGACAGAAAACUGAAAAGUCCGAUCACGCCGCCGAGACCAUAACUUUGCGGAUACACCGUGGGCACACGACGGUGUCCGAAGACGAGGCCUUGCGCAACCGGACACACUUCGCAUUGCGUCUGCUUAAGUUCUCCCGAGAGAAGAAGGCCGCUAAGACCCUGGGCAUCGUGGUUGGAUGCUUCAUUCUUUGUUGGCUUCCAUUUUUCCUGGUUCUUCCGAUCGGUUCCAUCUUCCCGACAUACAGACCCUCGGACACCGUCUUCAAGAUCACGUUUUGGCUGGGCUACUUCAACAGCUGCAUCAACCCCAUCAUCUACCCCUGCUCCAGUCAGGAGUUUAAGAAAGCCUUCCUGAGCGUGUUGGGCGCCCGCUGCCUCCGCAAGAGAUCCACGCCGUCCCACGCGCUCUACCAGAGCCACAGUCCACGGCACGGUCAGUCUCAGAUCCUGGGCCUGACGAGCCGCGACAACCCAUCCCGCCUGAGCCCGUCCUCCUCCAUCGCUCUGUCCCGCAGCCCGUCCUCCCGGGACGGCCGGGAAUGGCAGGCCCCUUCCCGGAAGUCGUCGGCAGGGACGACCGGGGUCAGCGCCGGGGUGAGCGUGGGAGCUAAAGUGGCGGGAAUGUGCGGUAAGAACCUGCUGAGGACGUGCUGCUGCGUGAGAAUGGAUUCGCCGCAGCCCGAGCCGCCCGCGCACAACUCGCUUCCCGUCAUCAAAAUCCAUCAGCUCUCGCUGUGUGAGGAUGGGGACGCGGUGUGAAUGAGCACACUGGGGAAAUCACUGCACUCACGCUGGCUGUGAUGCCACUUGCCACUUGACAGAGCCUCAGACUGGAGAACACAGACUGAUGAAGAAAAGAGAGCUUUGAAACGAUAAGCGAUGGGAACAUGGAAAGCUGCUGCGACACUGCUGAUGCUCAACGAAGGCACGGUUCAGCUUUGCAUGAAAACAGUCUUUAUUUAUUCGCUCUCGUGUCUCUCCAAACCCGUGGACUGAAAUGCAAAUAAGAUUUUGCAGCUUCGACAGAGGGAAGUGCAUUAACUUUAACCCUGUAAAGCCUGAGUUAGGAAAUAAUUUUUUUAAUGGAGAAUUUUCCAUUUUUUUUAAUGGAGCAGUGUGAACGUUUAGACAAAGUAUAGAUAUAUAAAGUAGGGUUGCAUUUGUGUUUUUUGUUGAGUAUCAUAUUUUAUGCAUCAGGCAUUUAUGGCUCAUAAUAUAAAGUUUGAUAUAGGAGAAUACGGAGCUCAUACUCAAGGAGGAAAAACACCUCAGUUUUAUUCAGAGGCCCAAACAGAGCAACAAUGUGACAUUUGAUGCAGACCCUGAUAUUUAUAUGGCAAAAAAGAUGAAAAGUAAAUGUAAAUCAGUGAGAUUUUUAUAACAGUAUAGCAGACAGCUUACAUAAAGUGAAAUCAGUUGUGACUCGAUAUCUCCCAAUAAUAUGUCUUAGUAAGAUGAUAUUUAACGCUUAGGUUUAUGAUCAAAUCUCUGUAGUUUCAAAACAUAUGCAAUGCAAUACAAUGAUGAUUGAGAGAUGAACAAUUAAACCUUCCUCAAAACAAAGCCUGAUGACCAUAUUUGAUACUCACAUUUCAACAUGAUCUUUCUAAAAAAUAAUGUAUAGACAUUCAAGUAAACCUACUUCUGUCCAGUAAGUGUUCCCCUUGAAAUAUUAUUAACAAUAUAAAAGCUAUUUUUACAUUUACUUUAUAAAAAUCUCAUAGUAAAGAUUUCAAAACAAAAAGACGUGUGAAGCACAAGCUGAAGGUGGACUUUGUAUUAUUACACUAAAAGGCAUUUUCCUUGUUAAAACAAUUUAAACUAUCAAUCAGACUACAGAAGACUGGAUUGUGUUCAACAGGUUUUCAGCAGUUUUGAUCAUGUUUAGAGGCCUUAGAAAUUCAUGUAUCAAAGAAAAUACUGUAGGCUUUAUUGGGUUAAACUCAGUUUAUUCCUCACACAAAUAUAUCAUGUUCUUUAGAAGAUGUUGAAUGCAUAACGCACAAUUGAAUGGGCUAUUUUAUGCUGCUUUUAUUGUAUCUGUUUGAGCUUGACAAACACAGUUGCUAUGAUCUCUCGUUGUUUUUUUGUUUUUAGGUUUGGAAUGACAUGAGUGUGAACAAAUAAUGACGGAAAUGUCAUUUUUGAGUGAAAAAUUAUUUUAAAAGGAGGAUGUCCAGGACGUUUGCUUGGAAAUUAUAGACAUCAUUCUGCAUGGGUCUGUGAUAAUAAAUACCAGCAUUUUUUUUUUUUUUAAUCGACAGCAGUUUUAACAUGUCUAAUCAGUGUUUCUAUAUAUAAAAAAGAAAAUAAUAUUAUAUUUUUGACUGUUGUUCUCCAGUUCAAAUCUUGUUUGUUCCAUGCUCAGAAAUUGCACUACAGUUAAUGUUUGAGUAUGAUUCAAAAACUCAUUUCACCUGAUGAUUAAUCGUGACGCACAGAAACCGUAUUGAACUGCAUCGAUCUUAAGUGUAUCUUUCUGAUAUUCCUGCAUGGUCUUCUUAUUUUCUGUGUAAAAAAAAAAUGAUUCCACAUAAACUUCAGUUACAGCUUUCCAUGUGUUUCACCGUGGGACCAACCAUCACCCUUCCCAUAAUUUGUGUUCCUUGGGAAAUGCACAAAUUUCCAUGUGGUAUUGAUACUUGACCAUAACAAUGAAUAUGUGAUGAUGACCUCAAAAUGACCAACUUAUGUUGCUUAAAUGCCUUAUAACAAGUGGCACUUCUGUUAUUGUGUUUGUUUCUCAAAUGAAAGGAAAUCAUGUGAUUCCAAAAUGGAAAUAUCCAAUAAAACACACUGCAUCAUAAGUGUUUUGGGAAUCGUUCUGAUUAAGCUUCUGAAACGUCCCACCAUGAGAAUGUUAUCUUGGUUGCUAUGACAUUCCAGAACUGGACACAUUCCCCUAGUGACUGAUGGGCUAUUCACAGUUUAAUGGAAAUGUGUCAUGCUGUAUCGAUCAAGUAUGGGAAAUGUGAUGAGAAAUGGAAUAAGAAGUGUGUUUUCUUUUGAUGUUUUGGGGCUUCUGCAUGUGUGCCGGUUAAAGUAGACAAGAAAUGAGAUGAUGGGGACGUUCGGGAAACAUUCAUCCCGUGAGACACUACAGUACAGCCUUCAAAUUUCAAAACCAC